CUGAAAUACAAUACAGCUGAUACACAACACCAACACAAUCACAUUUGAUGAAGAAUCUGUGUUAGAUGUGGGGACAUUCACGUAGCUGAGAUGGGCAACAUAAUCGAUGAACAAGGAGGAUAUGAUGCAGACGUAAAACAAGAAUUGCAAAGCACGAACAGCAUUCGUUCACUUAAACAACAUAUAGAAUUCAAAACAAAACUGUCUGCAAGCCAACAUCAAAUUCACAUUCUUCAAUACGAACGUCAAGAUAGUUCUACUAUACUGAGCUGCAACUUCGAGAACCACCACAACAGUCAUCAAACAUUUACGAGUAUUUAUAAACAAUCAUCUACUCGAAAUACUCUAUAUCUGUUUGUCGGAUACCAUCCGCAAGAGUGUAUUGUGGAAGAGAACGAGCCACCUUGCAGUUGAGGAUUGAAUUAGAAAAGGAUGCUAGAUGUGGAUAGGAUAUACAUUACGGAAAUCCUCAGACUGCAUCUCGAGAUAAGCGUUAACUUGGAAUCAUGAAGGGAAACAGAAAAGUUGAAUUCCAAAUAACGCAUUGCGUCGGGAAUCGGAAGCAGACAUCAAAGAGUGAAAAUCGAUUAUAAACAAGUGGAAAGUAUUGUCAUGGAUAGAGUUGGAUGGAUAAUCGUCAUGGUCAGCCUAUUCUCCUCCACAACUAGGGUAAUUGGCGUAAUUGUGUAAAUAAUUAAGU